AUGUAUUUCAACAUCGCUAAAGCCACUGCUGUUCUCGCCUUCACUGCUGCUAUCGCUUCUGCAGCUGCCACACCUCACACUGGUGUUCGUCGCGGAGACGACAAGGACUACGGAAAGUCAACUAAGGAGUACUACGGAGAAGGUCAGAAGAAAGACUACAAAGAUGGCAAACAUGAGGAGGAUUCAUAUGCCAAGCAACUCAAGAAGCAUGAAGAGGAAGUUGAGAAGCAGCUCAAAUUGACAAAGGAGGCUGCAGAGAAGAACAAAAAGGGUGCUGACACAAAGCACAAAGACAAGAAAUACAGAAGAGGUGACAAGGAAGACGACAAAGAUGGCAAACACGAUGACAAGAAGUCAACUGUAUACCAGAAGCCAUCCUCGACAAAGUCAGGUGAAUAUGCCAAGUUCACUGACUACUGGAAGUCAAAGUAUGAUGACAAAGACGACAACAAGAAAGACAAGGAAGAUGACAAGAAGGAGGGCAAGGACGUCAAGCAAGAUGACAAGAAGGCAGGCUAUGAUGACAAGGAUUACUAUAAGAAUCUUCAAGCCCAAAAGCAAAACACUAAGGAAUACGAAGAGGCUGUAAAGAAGUAUGGUAUCAAAGAUGACAAGAAGGACGUCAAGAAGGAUGACAGGAAGGAUGAUAAGAAGGAUGACAAGUACGACAAGGGUGUCAAGAAGGAUGACCACAAAGAUGCCAAGAAAGAUGACAAAGAUAAUGUGGAUCAUGAGAAAUACGACAAGAAGCACGACAAAGCUGACAAAGCUUCUUACAACAAGGAAUAA